AUGAAAAACCUCUUUACCAUAAUUCUCAUCAUCUUCUUCUUCUUCUACAAACCCUCCGCCGCUUUGGGCGAAGGGACACUCUCCGGCGGAUGGAAGCCGGUUCCAGACGUGACCGACCCUACGGUGGUGUAUAUCGCAAAGUUUGCAGUCGAUGAGCACAACAAGGAGGCCCAUGCGUCUCUCAAGUUUGUGAAAGUCGUCAAAGGAGAGUGUCAAGUGGUCGCGGGAAUGAAUUACAACGUGACGAUCACUGCGGCGGAUGGUGGCGCGGGGAAGAAUUAUGUGGCUCUUGUUUGGAACAAACCGUGGGAGAAGUUCAUGCAGCUGGUGUCGUUCAAAGGACCUGUUUGAUGUUAAAUUUGCAUGUUUUUGUUUUGUCGUUUUGGAAUGUUUAAUAGUUGAUGAUAGUUUCUUGUGGUUGGAAUCUUUAUAACUAAAUAAAAGGAGAUCAGAUAAGUGCACUGAUUGUUGUUUUCG